UUGCUAUAUGUAAUCUAUUUAUGCUGCCAGAGAAUCACUCAGCACUAAAAAUUACAAUAACGACAAAGAAGCCUGCUAUUAGAUUUCAGUUCCAAUUAUAUAUAGGAUUAGGAUUUUCCUUUUUCCGAUACUUAGGCUUCGUUUAGAGCGGCGAUACGGUGUGGUGCAGUGUGUUUAACUUACUUUUUAUCUCACGUUACAGUAUUAUUAUAGUAUCUGAUCUUACCGCCACCGCUACUUUUACACUAACAACAAGUCAAGAGGAGGAGGCAAAAAUAGCCGGUUUAAUCAAUACAUAAGAACUAACCCUGUAGUGCAGCAAGUUUAAGCUCCCCUUUUGACUUCUCCACCUGUUUCUGAAAUCCUACAAGAUACAGUCCAAACUCACCCUUAAUCCUUUUCAUUUUUCUCAAAAUCAAUUUUCUGCUUUUUUAUCUCUCGUUUCAUUGUUCCAGAAUUUUUAAUACAAAAGGUAACAUUUUAAUGGGUUUGGGUUGGAUUUUCAAGAGAAAAAAGAAGCAAAAUUCCACGUCGAAUACCCCAACUUCAACGGCUUCUCCAUCUACAAGAAGCUCAAGCCAAACCCAGCUGCAGGAACUGGAACAAGUCUUCAAGAAAUUGGACGUCAACGGCGACGGGAAGAUCUCAUUAUCGGAACUGGGUUCAAUCAUGGGUUCCCUCGCCCAAAAGCACCAGUCGAAAGAAGAACUCCAAAAGAUGAUGAAAGAAUUCAACGCCGACUAUGGUGAUGGGUUCAUGAAUUUCGACCAAUUUGUGGAGCUGAACACGAAUGGGGUGGAGUCGGAGGAGGUUCUGAAGGACGGAUUCUCGGUGUACGACAGAAACGGGAACGGGUGGAUAUCAGCGGAGGAACUUCAGGAGGUACUGAAAAGCCUGGGGGACGAGUGUUCGAUGGAAGAAUGUAGGAAGAUGAUAAGUGGAGUGGAUAAUGAUGGAAAUGGGAUGAUUGAUUUUCAAGAGUUUAAGGUUAUGAUGGUGGCUGCCCACUCCAUCCAGCCUUUGAAUGGACUCAAUCUCUAACCAACACUAGCGUCCACCCCCAUUUUCUUCCGAUCAAUAGUGGAGUGAUAAAAGGAAAAAUCUUUAGUUAAUAUUACUUUCGCCUAUAAUUUCUAAAAAAUUCCUUACACUUUUUUAUAGCCCUCCAUUAAAAAUUAGAUAAAUAGCUAAAGUUAGAAUGAUGUUUUAGUUAAAAAAGAUGUCUUCAAUUUAUAUCUCUUUCUUUUGAUAGUUUCAUUUCUCUCAAUUAUCUUUAAGAUAAAAGUUUUUUUUUAUUGUAAUUUGCAUGCAAUCAAGUUCGACAAUGGAGAAGAAAUUGAAAAUUCAUCUUUUAAGCUUUGGUCUUUUUCCGAA